AUGGCCUCCACGCUCGAGGACACGUCAGUUACUUACGAGGAGCUCUCGGAUCUCGAGGCCGAGUUCGACGAGGUCGAGACGGAGAUCAUUCGCCAGCAGUACAUACUCUCCAAGCCGUUGUAUGCCAAGCGGGCCGCGCUCGUGUCGCGCAUCCCCAACUUUUGGCCCUUGGUGCUGGAGCAGGCGCCGAUGGACAUUGACGAGUACAUCCAGCCGUCCGACUCGGCGCUGCUGCUCUCGGCGCUCACGUCGCUCAGCGUGACGCGCUUCGAGCUGGACUCGGACGAGAAGCAUGGCGACCCGCGCAGCGUGGCGAUCCGGUUCGAGUUUGCCGAAAACGACCACUUUGAGGACAGGGUGCUCGAGAAGAAGUUUUGGUGGCGCCAGAGCCGCGACGGUUUCGAGGGCCUCGUCAGCGAGCCCGUCGACAUCAAGUGGAAGAAGGGCAAGGACCUGACGGAUGGCCUGCUGGGCCUGGUCAAGGCCGUCUGGGACGAGCAGCAGGCUGCUGGUGGGCCCAAGAAGACUGGUGCGGCCAAGAAGGGUGGGAAGAAGGAAAAGGUCGAGUUGACCGAGAAGCAGAAGGCGCUUAAGGAGAAGAUUGACACGACGGGCAUGGGCGGGGUGAGUUUCUUUGCUUGGUUUGGCUACAUUGGCGAGUACGUCUCUGCCGAGGAAAGCAGGAUAGCGAUGGAAGAGGAGAAGGAGGCCAGGCGGAAGAGGGCGGCUGGGGAGGCGGUCCCCAAGAAGGAUGAGGAUGAGGAGAUGGAGGAUGAUGACGAUGACGACGAAGAUGACGACAGCCUGGAGAUCUUCCCGGCUGGUGACGAGAUUGCCAUGGCUAUCGCGGAUGACCUGUGGCCUGGCGCGCUCGGGUAUUUCUCUCAAGCUCAGGAGCAAGAUGAACUUAGCGAAGUUGACUUUGAAUCGGACAAUGAGGAUGAUGAGGAGGAUGAGGACGAGGACACGACCGCUUCAAGGCCGUCCAAGAAACGGAGGGGCCAGCAGUGA